AUGGGCAUGGAGACCCCAAGUGGAGCUGCCAACAUCUCCUACACGCAAUUCGUCCUUCUUCCGUUCCCCAGCCUAGAGGAUUCCAGGCAGCUCCUUGCGAUCCCUUUCUUCUGCCUCUUUGUGGUCAUCCUGGCGGCCAACUCCAUCCUGAUCUACACGGUGAAGGCGGAGGAGAGCCUCCACUCGCCCAUGUGCCUGCUCAUCGCCUUGCUGCUAGCGGUCAACAUCUGUGGGACGGCCACCAUCCUCCCCAAGAUGCUCCUCAGCUUCCUUCUCCGCGCCAGCCGCAUCUCGCUGGCCGAGUGCCUGGUGCAAAUGUUCUUCUUGUACUUCACGACCGUCCUGGACUGCAACGUCCUGCUGAUGAUGGCUCUUGACCGGUACGUGGCCAUCUGCCACCCGCUGCGCUACGUGGACAUCAUGACCGGCCGGCUGCUGGCGUUGCUGACUCUCGCCUCCGUGUUGCGUAGCAUUUUCGUCGUCAGCCCCGUGGUGAUCCUGUCUUCCCGGGUGAGCUUCUGCCGCUCGGACGUCAUCGGCCACUUUGUCUGCGAGCACAUGGCCCUGAUGAGGUUGUCCUGCGGCGACAUCUCCAUCAACAAGGCAGUGGGGAUGGCGAUGCGGUGCGUCGACGUCAUCCUGGACUUCAGCAUCCUCCUGGCUUCCUACAGCCAAAUCAUCCGCACGGCGCUGAAGAUCGCUUCCGGCAACGUCCGCCACAAGGCCUUCCACACCUGCGGGACACACCUGAUCGUCCUCUUCGUCAGCUACUCCUCCCGCCUCUCCUCCUCCAUCGUCUUCCGCCUGGCCAAGUCGGCCUCCCAAGACAUCCACAACCUGCUCAGCGUCAUGUACCUGCUGUUCCCCUGGGCUGUCCACCCUGUUAUCUACGGGGUGAGGACCAAGGAGAUCAGAGAGAGCCUCCUAAAGCUCUUCAGGAGAUCCGAUGGCCUUCUCCUUAGGCCUUUCAAGGCAAAAAGCGCUAAAUGA